UGGUGCCCAUAGUGAAAGUUAGAAUAUCUAAUAGCAUAAUUUUUCAAUGAUUUCAGAAUUUUUAGAAGAAAUUUUUAAAAGUUUGCCAAAUUGAAAUUCUGUACAUUCAUUUUCUGAAUGAAAAAUCGUAACGGAUUCUUCUGCAAUUUGUAACGGUAAGCUGUAAAUUAUUGAUUGACGUGGUGAGCAUUAACAGCUAUGAUAAAUCAAUUAAAUUACGGAUUUAAGAAAGAAAUUUUUAAGCAGCAAAAUAAUGAUUUUGUAAAAAAAAUUGUGAUAUUUAAAAAAAAAAACACCAACUGUGUCACAAGUGCAAUAAUUUUUCAAAGGCAACUUUAAUAAAACAGAAGAAAAACCAACUUUUUACCUCCCCUUAUUUCAAAAAGUGCUAUUAAAAAAUUUAUAAUUACAGAAUUUCUUCAAAUAUUUGUAUUUCAUUUCAAAUAAACUACAUUAAGUGGCAUGAAAUUCAAUAAAAUUAAAAUUUAUCGCAAGAUUCAUUCUAAAAAAAUUCACAUUUAAUAAAAUUUAAAAAACAAAAAAAAAAAAAUGACUGCAACAACAUCUGGUAAUACCACACAUCAACCACAACAGCAGCAACAACAACAACAACAACAACAGCAAUCACUACAGCAUGGUCAAAUAAAUAAUAGUGCAAUGAUUUCUGAAAAUAGUUAUAAUAGCAACAAUUGUGGUAAUCCAAGCAGCAGUAAUAAUAAUAAUAUUAGUAAUGGACAUAGAAAAGGUCACAGGCGACAAGAAUCUAUGUACCAAAUGACUGGUCUUUAUUCAGAAACAAAUUCUGGUGAUGAAAGUAGCACAGAUGGUGGCGGUAUAUUAGAUCCAGAAUAUACAUCAAUAAAUAGUCAUCAUAAUAAUAAUAAUAACAAUAAUAAUAAUAAUUAUCAUCAUCAUAAUAUAGUUUCGAAUAGCUCAAAAAAUCAAUUACCAGCAACACAUUCAAAUUUAUCAGAUACGGUUAUUAAAUGCCAUAGUCGACAGCCAUCAGCAUCACUUAUUGAUCGUGAAUUUAAUAAUCAACAUCAACAUCAUUUACAUCAUCAUCAUAGUGAUAUAGAUGAUUUAGAUUUAAGUCGUGAUUGUGGCAUAUUAAAUUUUCGUCCGAAUUUUAUACAAAAAUUUGCUCGUAUAAAAAUUUUUGUAUUAUUAUUAUCAAUACUAGUCACAUUACAGCAAGCAUUAAGCUCUGGUUAUAUUAAUUCAGUAAUAACAACAAUUGAAAAACGUUUUGAAAUACCAUCAAGCUAUUCUGGUUUAAUAGCAUCAAGUUAUGAAAUUGGUAAUGUGAUAACUGUUAUAUUUGUUAGUUAUUUGGGUAGUCGUAGGCAUAUUCCAGUAUGGAUUGGAGUUGGUGCUGUUAUAAUGGGUAUCGGUUCCUUAAUAUUUAUGGUACCUCAUUUCACUACAGAAGCAAAUCUAUCAUAUAGUGGUGAAAAUUCUAGUAAAGAUAAUAUUUGUCGUGGUGUUUCAGUACGUGAACAAGAUAUGGGUUUAAGCCGUCUAUCAAGUGGUUUAACAAAUAAUAUCCGUGAAAAUAAUUGUAUUGAAGGUAAAUCAUCAACAUUUGGUCCAGUUUUGCUCUUUGUUAUUGCUCAAUUAUUACUUGGCUGUGGUGGAUCACCUCUUUUUACACUUGGAACGACAUAUGUUGAUGAUCAUGUUAAAACUGAAAGUUCAUCUCUUUAUAUUGGAUGCAUGUAUAGCAUGGCAGCAUUUGGGCCUGUAUUAGGUUUCUUACUUGGUGCAUAUUUAUUAUCAUUUCAUAUGGAUUCAUUAUCAGGAAGCUUUAUUCCUAUACCUUCUGAUGAUUGGAGAUGGGUUGGUAUGUGGUGGGGUGGAUUUUUAGUUGGCGGAAUACUACUAAUAAUGGUGGCUAUACCAUUCUUUUCAUUUCCGAAAGUAUUAACUCAUGAAAAGAAAAAAUUAAGAAGAGCAGAAAUGAAACCAAUACAGCAAAUGCUUCCAAAUAAUUCAAAUAGUUUACAAAGAAAAUCCAUGGAAAAGCAAUUGCAAGAGAAAUUACAACAAGAAUUGAAGCAGCAACAGCAGGAAAAAAGUGAAAAAUCUGAUUAUGGAAAAGAUAUUAAAGAUAUUCCACGUUCAAUGUACCGACUAUUAACAAAUCCAGUUUAUAUAUGCACUUGCUUGGGAGCAUGCAUGGAAUUAAUGAUUGUUUCUGGAUUUAUUGUUUUCUUACCAAAAUAUUUAGAAACUCAAUUUAGUCUUGGUAAAAGUCAAGCUAGUGUAUUUACUGGUUCAAUAGCAAUACCUGGAGCAUGUAUUGGAAUAUUUAUUGGUGGAGUAUUUUUAAAACGUUUCCAAUUGAAACCCAAGGGAGCUGUACAAUUUGUAUUAGUUUCAAAUAUAAUAUGUCUUGCCGCUUAUGCUAUGUUAUUUUUCUUGGGAUGUGAUAAUGUUAAAAUGGCUGGUACCACAAUACCAUAUUACAAUUCUUCGACGCACACCUCAAUGGAUCCUUUUAGAGUUAAUUUAACAGCUGCAUGUAAUUUUGGAUGCGAAUGUCAUAUGAUAGAUGUUGAACCAGUGUGUGGAAAUAAUGGUUUAACAUAUUUUAGUCCUUGUCAUGCUGGAUGUACUGCAUUUUCUUCUAAUACUAAUUAUACAAAUUGUGCUUGUGUUCAUUCCAAUACAACCCCAAAACAACCGAAAACUGAUAAUCCAAUUACUAGUUUCUUAGGACCCGGUGGUAGUCAUGCUGAAGCUUUAAAUGCACCACCUUUAAGUGAUUUUGCUGAAGUUACUGUAGUUCCUGUUGCAACUGCUGGUCCAUGUACAACUCCAUGUCGUACAAUUUAUCCAUUCCUUAUAUUAUUAUUCUUUAUGACAUUUGUGGUCGCUGGAACUCAAAUGCCAUUAUUAAUGAUCGUUUUAAGAUCAGUGUCAGAAGAAGAACGUUCGUUUGCUCUUGGAAUGCAAUUUGUCAUAUUUCGAUUAUUUGGAUAUAUACCGGCACCAAUUGUUUUUGGUAAUUUAAUAGAUUCAACAUGUUUGCUUUGGAAAUCAACUUGUGGCGAAAAUAGUGGAAGAUGUUUAUUUUAUGAUAUUGAAGCUUUUCGAUUUAAAUAUGUCGGAUUAUGCACUGGAAUAAAAUUAGUAGCAUUAGCAAUAUUUCUAGUUGAUUGGUGGUUAGUCAGAAGAAGGAAACAACUAGAAAAACUAAAACCUAUAACUGUUAAUGAUGUUAUUGGAUCAAUAAUAAGUUUAGACAAACUUUUCGAAGAGAAACAGCAAGCAUUAGAAAAUGAUCAGGUUGUGCCAUAUGGAGGUGAAUUAUGUAUUUCAAAUGAGGGUUACAUACCGGAUUCAAAUAAAAACAUAAUGGUUACAUCAAAACAUUCUAGAAAUGAUUCCAAAACUAUUCAAUUAGAAUUCAGAUAUGACAAAUGUGACAAUAAUACAAUUAUUAAUAAUCAAGCACCGAAUUCACUUGGUGUUACUGUACCAGCAACAAAAUCUAAAAAACAUUUCCGUAGUGCAUCGUGUGAUGUUAAAAUGAUUCGUACAAAUUCAAAAGACAGCGCCGAUAAUGAUAAAAUUGUAUUAAAAAAUAAUGUGAAAAAUUUUCAAACACAUUCCCGUAAUAAUUCAAAUGAUUUAACAUCAGAUUUCCGUCAAAAAUUAACACAUUCCAGAACAAAUUCACGGGAUGAUCAUAAUACAAAUAAUAUACGUUAUAUAUUAAAUAAUUUUAAUAAAAAAGAUAACGAUGAAUGUUGGAGUCCAGUAUUUAGUGCAUUAAAUUUAAAUAAUAAUAAUAUCAAUUUUAAUACUAAUAAUAAUAAUUUAUUAAAAUCAACAACAUCAUCGAAGAAACAUUCACGUAAUCAUUCAUAUGAUCAAAUAUAUAUGCCAAAUAAUAUACGUUUUGAUUUAGAUUUAUAUAGACCGAAAAAAAAUGUUAAUUUAGUUAAAAAUUUGGAAAAUAAAGUUAAAAAUUCAAAUGAAAUAUCAAAUAAUUUAAAUAAUACAAAUACAAAUAUAAAUCAUUCACGUUGUAAUUCACGUGAUAUUAGUCCAAAGGAAUUAAAUCAAGUUUUAGAAUCUCCAACAUCAACAUCAACAUCAACAAUAACAAAUGUAACAGCAACAACAGCUCCAUUAAUAACAGCAACCGUACCAAUUAAUAAUAUUAUUGGAAUUAAACAACAAUCAUCAAUUGUUGUAACAGGAUUAGGAACAGGAACUAUUCAAUCAAAUAUACCAUUAUCAACAACAUCAACCAGUUCAAGUACAUUGAGACAUCGUAGAACAAGCUCAAAAGAAGCAAAACUAUUAAUUCCAACACUUGAUGUUUGUAAUUUAACAUCACCAACACCAGGUAUUGCUGGUACAACAAUAAAUUUAUUAAAUAAUGAUGAUAAUAUUAUUAAUAAAAUAAAUAAUGAUGAUGAUGAAGAUGCCAACAUAUCUGAUAUUCCUUUAGUAAAUACAAUACAAAAUAAUAUUAAUAAUUGUUAUUGUAGUAAUAAUUGCAAUAGCAGCAAUAAUUUUUUAUAUAAUAAUACAAAUAAUUGCUAUAAUUGCUGUAAUAAUAUUGAAAAUAUAACAAAAAAUAAUUCAUUACAAAAUAAUAUUGAAUUUGAACAAACAACACAAACAACAGCAACAGCACAUCAAUUAAAUUUAAAUUCAAAUAUAAGUAAUAAUCAUAAUAAUAUAAUUAAAGAUAAUAUUAAUAAUGAUAAUAAAGAUAAUGAUGAUGAAAAUGAUGAUAAUGAUUUAUUAAAUUAUAUGAAAAGUGAUACAACAUGUGUUUAAAUUUUAAAUAUUUUUUUUUUAGAUAAUUAAAAAAAAACACAAAAACAAAAAUUUAUGUUUUAGGUACAAUUAAUAAAUAUUAAAAAAAUAUUAAUUGAAUA